AUGUUGUCGGCAUCUACAUUCGCCUCUUCUUCUUCUGCAACUUCCUCAGCAAGUGCUUUUUCAGCAAGCCCAGGGCUAUCAACGCCCUCCUCUCAGUACUCUCAUGAUUCUACUAGAAAAGGCAGCGGAAAUCCACUGACCGAGCUGAUUGAAACAGAACAGGCAUAUAUGGAGACAUUAAAGAUGAUUGACUCUCAAAUUGCACCCAUUUGGAUGAAACAAAUGACAUCUGCUGCCCCUGAUUUCUCUGAGCUGCUCAAGUACAUUCACGACAUUCUCAAGGUGAACAAGAGAUUCUGUAUGAAAUUAACUCGAAUCGCAGCCAAUCCUCAGACUAUCAGCGAGCUUGGAGAUGCUUUAAUGCAAUGGGUAAAUGAUUUAGAGGUCCCCUAUGCCAACUAUUCUCGAAGUUUCAUCCCAAAUUUAAAUCAACGAAGCGAUAUUCUGCGCAACCCGUCUAUCCAGCAACUGCUGCAAAACUUGUCUGCCAAUGUAUCGUAUGAAAUCAACCUGGAGUCCUUAUUCAAUGCACCCAUCCAGCAGCUGAAAUACUACAAGGGACUCUACAGCCGGUUAUUAGAAGGCACAGACGCUGGUAGAGCAGACCACAAGCUGCUGACUAGUGCCAACAAGCGAAUCGACAUGAUCAUGAUCAUGUCAAAGGGCAACAACAGCGUGAAUGUCAACUACAAGGACUCCAAUUUACCCUUCAUCCAGACAAAUUUCACUGCAAACUCUGAUUUGACAACAUUUGAACGCCAGGUGGAUUGCUCCAGAACUGCCGAUCUCUACAGUGGUACACAAAUAAACUACCAAUUACGCAUCUCGCACCCAGGCGCUCAACUCGUCAUGAGAGACAGCUUUGUCAUGCUGCCCAGCGAGAAUGGACCCUCGAUCCGUGUGUGUCUGGUGCUGACGACCGAGGUGCUGGUCAUUGCCCGGGAAUUGUCCUCAAGCCAGUACUUGCUCAUGUACCCUGCGAUCCCCAUUGGUGAUAUUACGGUCAAGGCAGAUGCAUUGGAUCGAGAAAUUGUGGGUGAAUACAUCAUUCAAUUUUCUGUAUUGGGUAAAAAGCAUUUGAUUAUGCGGGCAGAUUCAAAGGAAAUUAGAAGCACGUGGAUUGGUGUUGAACCUGAUGCUCCCAAAUCAUUGAUUUUGACUCCCAGGACAUUGAGUGUGGCUGCUCAGAAAAAGAUGCUGGCGUCCUCAUCUGCAGCCAAGAACUAUGGCAUCCAACUGCCUCCUAUGCCUGAUAGUAAUGGCAGCAGCAUCAACAAGGCCAGUAUUCGCAACACAGACAUCUUUACUUUUUAUUCAGAGAACGGUGGUGUAUCACCUUUGGAGAGCUCCGAUGAAGAAGGCGAGGAAGACAUCACGCAUGCGAAUCGGCAUCAGGGCAAAUCAAGAGACACCAUCAUGGACAUCUAUGACAAUCAUUUCUAUGACCACCAAGACGACCAUGAUACGACCUCCAAGUUUUCUACGCCUCCAUUGCCUACUUCUGGUAUGACCAAGCAGCAGCAGCAUGAGCCCAUGCCACAAUCUGUCAAGAUACUGCCUCAUAUUCCCAAUGUGUCACAGGUGCACAUACACAACAAUGUGCCUGCUACCAAUGAACCUACGCCACCAAAUAAAGACAGAUCAAACGUGAACGAGACGCUUCCUCCUGCCCCUCCUAAUAAACAGCAACCUGUUCAUGGACCAGUUAAAGACUCCUCCCAUGUUCAAAUGACAUACAUUCAACCGCCUACUGCCCAAAUGUCAACCAUGUCGAUAUCACCUCCUAUUCCGCAAUCAAAUCAAUUAAAUAACUCGUCGGCUCCAUCCUCUGCUGCUGUUGCUUCUUCUUCCUCUUCUACUACUCCAAACAUGAACUAUCAUAACAACAGCAACAAGAUCAACCCUUUGCCUGCUUCUCCCAAUGGUGCUCCCAAGAACAACAUGAUGGAUGGUGGUAAGCCUGCUUCUCCCAGAGCAGUGGAGGUGCAAAGAGUCGUUUUGCCAGAGAUGAUGCAAGCAGUAACUCAAAAUACGGAUGAUUACCUCUCAUCGUCCAACAAAACACAACAACAGAAUGACAAGAGUCGAUUUCAGCCUGUGGCUAACAAUGGCAUGGCUCGUCCCGCCAUGCAACCAAGAGGUGAUUCUGCUCCAUCUCAACAGCAGCAGCAAUUGCCUCGGUCUUCCUCAAUCAGAGGCCAAGCACAGCAACAGCAGCAGCAACAACCUCCAUACCAGCAGCAAAGACCUCCUAUGACGCAGAACAACAACUAUCCCAAUCAACAGCAGCAACUCAAGCCAUUGCCUGGUCAACCUCAACCUCAACCCCGACCUCAAAUGAUGAUGAACAACCAACCACCUCAGAAUCAGUAUGGCUACAAUGCCAGACCCAUGAACUCACCUCCUCCACAGCAACAGCAGUUUCAGCAACAGCCUCCACCUCAUCAAUAUAGACCCAUGAAUGGAGGAGGAGCAUCUCCCAUUUUAGCAAACGCAGGUAAUAACAGAAGACCACCACCACCAGGAGCCCAGCCCUCCUCUCCUCGAUUGCAACAACCUCCUGGAAGAUUCAACUCCCCAUCGCCUUCUCUGGCUCCACGCCAAAUGAAUUCAGUGGAAGACUUUGGAUCGCCUCCUCAUAGUCCCAACAUGUACAACCCAGGCAACGAUGUGCGUCAAAUUCUAUACAGCAGUAGUCAGUGUGAUGUAUUUCAUUGGAACAACCAGUCGUGGUAUGCUGCAGAUGGACAGUGCUUAUUGCAAGUGAGAUUGACACAUAGCAAUCGUACGUGUGUUGCUGUGCAGUUGCAGAACACUGGCCAACUUUACCUGAAUGCAUGGAUUCUGCCCAACACGGUGAUCAGACAGCCAUCACCCAGUGAUGUCAAUAUCUCGCUUUAUAUGGGCACCAAGAAAGAGAACUAUUUGAUCCAUUUUGCACAUCCUCAAGAUGCCACUGUGUUUGCCAACAUUUUGCACAAAGCACACCAGGAUUCCAACAUUAUCACUAUGCAGCAGCAGCAGAUAGAAGAGCCUUUGAUGGAUGAGCCUGAAGUGGUGGACAAUAUCAACGUGCCCCAAACACUGAAGCCUGUGAUGCAAUGCAAAGCCAAACUAUUCGUCAAGAACGAGACAUCCAACUGGAGCACCUUUGGCAAUGUGACGAUGCGUAUCUCACAACAAUCGCCCAGUAUGCGCAUGAUGAUUCAGAUUGAAAACGACAAGAGCAAGUUGGUCAGUGCUAUCGUCAAGAGUGGCAAUGUGGAAAAAAUCAGUUCAAAGAGAAUCAGUUUUCUGUUAACUGACGAGGUGGCUAAAACAAGUAUUGUUUAUAUGAUCCAUCUUCGAGAGGAUCAAACUGGAAACAAGAUCAUUGAGUAUCUUCGCACUAAAAAUGCUGAAAAUGGAUGGUAG